GGGGCGUGACCGCAGGGGCGUGGUCCAAGGUCGGAGACCUAAGUCUUGGCACCGGAGUUUGCAGAUUCCCCAACAGGUUUCCAGUCUGGUCUGUCGGUUUCCGCUAUGGGCCUGGAACUGUACCUGGAUCUGCUGUCCCAGCCCUGCCGCGCCAUUUACAUCUUCGCCAAGAAGAACGGCAUCCCCUUCGAGCUGCGCACCGUGGAUCUGAUCAAAGGUCAGCACCUCAGCGAUGCCUUUUCCCAGGUGAACCCCUUGAAGAAGGUGCCAGCCUUGAAGGACGGGGACUUCACCUUGAGUGAGAGUGUGGCCAUCCUGCUCUACCUGACACACAAAUAUAAGGUCCCUGACCACUGGUACCCUCAGGACCUGCAGGCCCGAGCGCGUGUGGAUGAGUACCUGGCAUGGCAGCACACGACUCUGCGGAGAAGCUGCCUCCGGGCUUUGUGGCAUAAGGUGAUGUUCCCUGUUUUCCUGGGUGAGCCGGUAUCUCCCCAGACACUGGCAGCCACCCUGGCAGAGCUGGAUGUGAACGUGCAGUUGCUCGAGGACAAGUUCCUCCAGAACAAGGCCUUCCUCGCCGGGCCUCACAUCUCCUUAGCUGACCUGGUGGCCAUCACGGAGCUGAUGCAUCCCGUGGGUGCUGGCUGCCAAGUCUUCGAAGGCCGACCCAAGCUGGCCGCAUGGCGGAAUCGCGUGGAGGCAGCAGUGGGGGAAGACCUCUUCCGGGAGGCCCAUGAGAUCAUUCUGAAGGCCAAGGACUUUCCACCUGCAGACCCCACCACAAAGCAGAAGCUGAUGUCCAGGUGGGAAAGAUACCCGCAGCCUAGAUUCCCAGGAAGGGGAGGUGAGAGAGCGGACGUGCCACUGAUUGGCCCAAAGUUCUCCUGAGCCAACUCCUGAGCGAGGAUGGCGUGGCCGGGCUCAGGCUCCUGGUGCCCAGCAGCUCUGCAGGCUCAGUGACCCAGCAGUUCCUGCCCAACUCUCCCCUACCUGCUGUCCCAGACCUGCUGUGCAGUCUCCAUCUUUGCCAAAAAGAACGGCAUCCCCUUCGAGCUUCGCACCCUGGAGCUGAUCACAGGUUGGCAGGGCAGGCGGCCCAGGGGAUAUUGACACCGAUCCCUGCCUGUCCCCGCUGCUUUGAAGUCAGAUCAGGAAUGCAGACCAACAGGAAGAAUCAGACUCUCCAGUGUGGUAUCUAUUUUACUUUAUUAUUUUUCCCUUUUGGAGACAGGAUCUAACUCUGUCAUUCAGGCCAGAGUGCAGUGGAACAAUCAUGGCUCACUGCAGCCUCAAACUUCCAGGCUCAAGUGAUCCUCCCGCCUCAGCCUCUCAAGUAGCUGGGACUACAGGUGCCCACCGACAUGCCUGGCCAAUUUAUUAUUAUUAUUCUUGAGAGGAGGUCUUGCUAUGUUGCCCAGGCUGGUCUUGAACUCCUGGGCUCAAAUCUUCUUGCCUUGGCCUCCCAAAGUGUUGGGAUUACAGGCAUGAGCCACCAUGCCCCUCUGGUUGUCUAUUUUAAUAGAGGUAUGAUCUUUGUGUAGUGAAUACAAAACAUUCUUCAAAAUACAGGUUAAGAGGGGACAGAGAGGUGCAGAGGAGAGUAGGGAAAUGGAGUGGCGCCAGAAUAACUGUACCCUAUGUGCUUGGAAAAAGCAAUGAAACUGCCUCCUUGUUUCCUAAAUGAAUAGUCCCUGUCUACCCCUGCCUGGUUUCUUCCACUUUUUUUUUUCACAGGGUCUCACUGUGUAGCCCAAGCUAGAGGGCAGUGGCAUGAUCCUGGCUCAAUCUCUCAGGCUUAAGCAAUCCUCCCACUCCCUCCUCCCAUGUAGAGUAGUUGGGACUCUACCAGGCACGCCCCAUGCCCGGCUACUUUUUUUUUUUUUUUUUCUGAUAUGUGCAGAAACAGGAUUUCACCAAGUUGACCAGGCUGGACUUGAACUCCUGAGCUUAAGUGAUCCGUAUGCCUCAGCCUUCUAAAGUGCUGGGAUUACAGACAUGCAUCACCACGCCAGGCCCAGGGUCUCUGCCACUUUUGUGUAUUUCUUGCCAUUCUUUUUUUUCCCCUGUAUCUGACUUGCUCUAUCCCAUGGGGGUUCUCACCCAGCUGAAGGGGCUACUCCUAGAGGCUGGAGGGCCCUGUGGCAGGGCAGUGGGGGAGGCCAGCACCCCCACCCGGAGCUGCAGUGUUUGCUGGUCUGGCUGGCCUAGAGAUGCAACUGGAGCCGAAUUCAGUGGAGGAGCCAGGGCUAUAACUGAGCAGUAGGGCAGAGAGCAGAGCCAGAGCCCCCUGGGCAGGCCAGAAGGAGGG